AUGGAGGAGAUAUCUAGAACUUCUUCGGUAAAAAGGAUAUAUACCACAAACGAAGAUGAUAUUUCAAAUGUGGAUGAAGAGUUAGAUUAUGAAGAUGAGGAGUUUAACGAAGAUGAAUUCAAUGAUGAAGUGGGCUACUUAGAUAUUCCAAGAACUUUACCAAAGACAGAUAUUUUUGCAGAACAACACUUAGGCUUAUUGAGGAGCCAGAUUCCCCGAACUCAAAGUUUAAGCUCGUCUUACCCCAAAGGGUCUCCAUUUCGAAAUUUGAGUUCGACAUCUGGUCGUACAGGUAGUCUUUAUACCGAUAUGGAAUAUUCAAAUUUUGAAGGUCUAUUUGAUGCAAAACUGACUCGAACAAUCAGUAGUAAUGGACAAAUCAAGAGGAUGAACACUAGAAAUAGCUAUAGACACCGAAAUACAUUGAAUACGAGUAAAUUGGAAACUAGACCUAAUAUAGAUGGCCAGGAUAAACUAUGUUUAGAACUACGGGGACUUGAGGAGGUAAAACGAAGCGCUAAUGAAACGUCAAUUUAUGACGGAUUUCCCGAAGGUUUUGAAGAUAAAUUGUUUCAUCUUCGACAGACACAUAGCAAAUUGAUUCAAAUAUUGAGAGAUCGUAAUGUAAGGCUAGAAGAAGAGAAAAGGCGUUUGAUCACCGCUAACACCAUAACACAUGUAAUAAGUACCCACACUGCAUCAUCAACUAUGGAUGAGUCCGUGAAUACCAGCACUGCGAUAAAAGCCCUGAGUAAACCUAAUAGGGUGGAGAUGAAUACCAUUACAGACGAAUAUAAAUAUGCUAUGGAAUUGGCAAAAACACUCAAGGAUUUGGAAUGA